GUCACGUGAUAAAGCCUACGGAUCCAAAACAGGCUCAGAUUGAGUUGGAGGAUAUACAGUGAGAGUGUAAAAGGUGCUGAGAGACUGAAGGUCAGGAACAUCUGGUCAUCUGUUUCAGCAGAAAUGAGAGUUUUGAUCGGUGGUGGAUCGGGGUUCGUCGGCCGUGAACUCACUAAACUUCUAAAGGUCAAAGGUCAUGAGGUCACCAUUAUAUCACGGCAGCCUGGUCAGGGCCAGGUCACGUGGGUGGAGCGAGAGCUUCAGGAGCGCGGUGUUUAACAGUCGCAUCAACACCACCAGGACUUUAACUCACUUCAUCACCUCGUCCCAAACUCCACCUCGAACCUGGAUCCUGCUCACUGGACUCGCGUGUUACAAAGCGAAUGUAGAGACUCUCUACACAGAGGAUACUGAGUGGACGACCUUUGACCUUUGGUCUCAGCUGGUGAAGGAGUGGGAGGAAGCAGGACGACUUCCUGAGAAUGCAGCGAAAAACACCGGUCAAGUCGUCAUCAGAUCAGGAGUGGUGUUGGGGCGAGGCGGCGGUGCGAUGAAGCAGAUGCUGCCUCCGUUCCGGCUCGGUUUAGGAGGAAGGUUAGGUUCGGGAGAUCAGCCCUUUCCUUGGAUUCACGUGUCGGAUCUGACCGGGAUAAUCGCCCACUCCCUCGACCCGGCCCGCGGCCCCGCCUCCUCUCGACCCCGGGUGUUUAACGGAGUGGCCCCGGCUCUUGACACUAACCGGCAGUUCACCCAGGAGCUGGCUCGACUCCUGAAACGCCCCGCCCUGCUUCCCGUUCCCGAGCUGGUGCUGAGAGCCGCCCUGGGCCGCGAGAGAGCCGCCAUCCUGACGCAGGGCGCGAGAGUCGCUCCGAAGAGAACUCUGGAGUCAGGGUAUCGGUUCCAGUAUCCGGAUUUAACCUCGGCACUGCGGCAGAUCCUCACCUGCUGAUCAGCAGAGACGCUUACAGGGGGAAAAACUCGAGUGAAGACUUUUUGCUGUCUGAAUCGCUAAUUUACUAGCUGAUUGAUCCAUGACUAGCUUGUUAGCUCCUUAACAAUCAUGAUGAACGCAGUAGUUCAGAUAUCGAGCUGUUAGCGAGCUAGCAGCGUAACUAGACUAUAUAACAUGCUGAUUUGCUGGUUUCCUAAACAUCCUGCGUGUUAACUAGUUUAACCCGUUAACUCAUUAGUAAAGCAAACGAAAUUUUUCUUCAGGUGUGAAGUACAGGUCAGUGUGUGUGUAAUGAGAUCUGACCUUAAAUUAAAACAGCUUUAGAAAUGUGGAGUGUUUUGCUAAACUGCUAGCCGCCUGCUACACCAGCAUGCUAACAGAGUGGAGUGAUGUCAUAAAAUCAAAACUCAACACUUUCCUCAAAUAUUAAGCAUUUUAUUGCUAAUGUUUCUACACUUCAUGUGAAGCACAGCAAAGCAUUCUGGGUAAAUCAUGAAUCUCGGCUCCACUGGUUUCCAUCACGUCGCGACCGGUGGCUUAAAAUUCUCCAUUAAGGCUUUACUGGUUCCUGUUCAGUGCUACUGGAAUGUCCUGUCACUUACACUACAGACCCUCAGGAACCAGUGGAACCAGUGGAAGUGUCUGAUGUUCUGGGGAGUUUUUCAGCAGAACCGAGAGAGAAUGAGGUUAAAGCCUGAGGUUCACUCCUCCGUGUGUCAGUCUCCGUGUGUUUCUCAGUCUGGACCAUGGGCAGUCUGUCGCCCUGGUCACUGCUCCGAGCGCAGCGGUACGUGUCUCUGCAAACACACACACCAUUAUUAACUUACAUAUCCUUCUGUCUGGGUGUGUGUGUGUGUGUUGUAAUUAGAAGAUCAUGGGGUGUGACACACACACACCCUGCCCUGUACCUCCCAUGAUGCCUUGCGGUGAUGGCGAGCUGUUUGAGUUCUCCGUUAGAGCAGCAGAUUUCACACUGCACAUGUCUGGAUCGCCUCAGAACCGGAGAAACGAUCCUGCUCCACUGACCUGCCUCCAACUGCUGCGGCUCGGACCGGGUCAGGACCAGAAAACUGAACUUCUCCUGCACACUCUCACUGCCCUGAGCCCCACACACACACACACACACACACACACACACACAUAAACCACAGUACAAAACAACAACAACAACAACAACAACAACAAUGAUGAUGAUGAUGAUGAUGAUGAUGAUGAUGCUCACCCCUGACACAGGAAGUGGGUAGUAGGGCUGCAGGAAGUUGCAGGGUGUGAUUGGCUGCUUGAGUAAUUUGGGACAUGGCUGCUGAUGGGGGCACUACACACACACACACACACACAGUGUUAAUCAUUAACAUAUUAAACAUGUCGUGUCUAGAAAAAGAGGAAGUGUGUGAAUGUGAGACGCACAGGAGCGAACACCAGCAGCCUCCCAACAUCACCGCUGACUUUUUCUUCCUUCUGAACACACACACACACACACACAUACACACACAUAUUUAGUUUUUAGACACAGUGAUUCUAAACAAGAAGAAGAAGAUGAUGAUGAUGAAGGCAUAAUGCAGUAAAAAAAGAGCUUAAUCUUU